AUGUCAUCUAAGACCUUCAUCUCCCAGGAAGAAAAGAAAGCUCCAGAAUUUAAGGCAGCCAAGGAUAGGCUAACUCUCACACUCGGUGGUAAUGCUGAGGGCGACCUAAAGCUGAAACCUCUCGUUAUUUACCAGUCAGAGAACCGUAGGGCACUGAAGGGCUUCACAAAGGCACAACUUCCAGUUAUUUGGAAAUCAAAUAAGAAGGCCUGGCUCACUUCGUCCCUUUGCCAAGAUUAUGUGUGUGAGUAUCUCUCACCAAAAUUAAAGGAAUAUGCAGCAGCAAAUAACAUAGCUAACCGAUUCCUGCUGCUCACUGAUAAUGCACCAAGCCACCCAUGUGCCAUGGAAGAUUGGGCUGAUAACAUAGAAGUCCUUUUUUUGCCACCAAGUACUACAUCCUUAAUCCAGCCCAUGGAUCAGACUGUCAUCGCCACCUUUAAAGCCUAUUACCAGCGACGCACUAUGGCUCAGUUGGUGCAGGCACUGGACAGCAAUCCUGAGCUCACCAUCCAGCAAUACUGGCGGAAUUAUAACAUCAAGAAAGGGAUUGAUAACAUCACAACGGCAUGGAAUGAGGUGGAUAACAAAACUAUGAAUGCAGCCUGGAGUAAAGUUUGGCCUGAAGUGGUCGCUAACUUUACUGGAUUCGUCCCUGUCAGCGUCACCGACUUCCGUAAAGACAUUGUUCGGCUGUCACACCAUGCUGGCUUUGAGGAGGUGGAUGAUGUUCAGGAGUUGCUGGACAGCCACAGGAGUUCUACUGCAGCCCAUGAGAUAGAAAAAGCACUCGGUUGUUACAAAGAAAUAUUGGCUGCGAAGAGACGCAAGGCUAUACAACCAUCAAUCGAGUCUUACUUCAGGCCAUCCACUCCUUCCACCAAAUCAUCAGUGUCACCAACACCUUCACUCUCAAGAGAUAUUGCUCAGUCCAUCUCUUCAAGGUCAUACACGCCCUCCUCUCCUGUGGCGUCCACUUCAUUCCCCCGUGACCAAGACUCACCAGCUGCUGACUCACCAGAUGUCAUAAGCAUCAGCUACUCAUCAGAUUCUGACUGA